AUGCCAUUUGUUGGUGCGCCCCCAGGCACCACUCCCAGCGCAAUCGCCGCCUCCCCGUCCCGCGGGCCCUCCAGUCGCCAGAAUCUGGGUGACCCCUUGGCAGCGCGGCGGCCGCGCUCCUCGGCGGCGGGAGCCCUCACUACCAGGCACAGGCUGCCACCUAGUGGCCGUCCCCCGUGGCUGCCCCAGGCCACUGGCCACGGGCCCGGAGAGUGGGGUCACGCCAGCCGCCUGGACAAAUCCCUGCCGGCUCACGUGCGUGCCGACCCCCUGCGCACCUGGCGCUGGCACAACCUGCUCGUCUCCUUCGCUCACUCCAUAGUUUCUGGGGUCUGGGCUCUGCUGUGCAUAUGGCAGACCCCCGAAAUGCUGGUGGAAAUUGAGACGGCGUGGUCGCUCUCUGGCUAUCUGCUAGUUUGCUUCUCUGCAGGUUACUUCAUCCACGACACAGUAGACAUCGUGGUCAGCCAUCAGACGGGGGCUUCCUGGGAAUACCUUGUGCAUCAUGUCAUGGCCAUGGGUGCUUUCUGCUCUGGAAUCUUCUGGAGCAGCUUUGUGGGUGGCGGUGUGCUCACACUGCUGGUGGAGGUCAGCAACAUCUUCCUCACCAUCAGGAUGAUGAUGAAGAUUAACAACGCCCAGGACCAUCUCCUGUACCGGGUCAACAAGUACAUCAACCUGGUCAUGUACUUUCUCUUCCGACUGGCCCCACAGGCCUACCUCACCGGUUUCUUCCUGCAGUAUGCAGGCCAGAGGAACCUGGGUGGCUUUCUACUGAGCAUCCUGCUCAUGCUGGACGUGAUGAUCCUCAUCUACUUCUCCCGCCUCCUCCGCUCCGACUUCUGCCCAGAACGGGCCCCCAGCCAGCGGCACAAAGACAAAUUCUUGACUGAGUGAGACACAAGACCAGACUCAUGGCAAGCCCAGCCGGCACAGCCAAGGAGAGCAGCACCCCCACACUGGGGUGGCCAACCUCUCACUUGGACAUCUGCAACCAUUGAAAACACUAUGAAAGUACUUCCCUGAAGUCUUUUUCUUAAGCAAAGGGUAAGGGAAGCAGCCAGACUGGUUGGACAUGGUAAAUGGGUGCGGGACAGGUUGUUACAGGAAAGCCAGCUAGCCAACCCACACAACACAACCCUGCAUCUGAUGCUAACAAACACUUUUGAAAUUGUACCCCCACCCACCUCUAAACUGGUUGGCUUGUGUCUCCCAGAGAUUUUUUUUUAAAGGGGGGUCAUAUAAGGUGUCCUGUUCUUUUCCUUCUACAGUCGAACUAAUUCAGGCAAGUUCUGGUCUUAAGGCAACCUAAACUGGGUUACAAAACACCAGGAGCUGCUUCAGGUAGUACUAUUCCCAUAAGGGACGGGGCCAGCAAACGUUUGAGACAGAAGAGCCUAUCCUUCACGACCUAAAUGAUUUAUUUGGGAGACAACAAAUGAAAUCACUAUUUUGUCAAUAACCUUAA